AUAUAACAGUUGGACUGUGUAUGUAAUCAUUAGACUGUUCGAAAAGAAGAGAUAAAGAUGAAAUUACUCCUAGCCGCUUUUCUUGCCAUCGCUUUGGCAUCCGUUCAAGGUAACACGGAAAACAGUGAUAAGGUUAAGCAUUACUCGGAGGGUUGUUUUGAAGAAACCGGAGCUGAUCAUGUCACUGUUGAGAACGCCCGUAAGGGUGAGUUCGUCGAGGAUGAGAAGUUGUUGAAGUAUUGCAUGUGCAUGUACAAUAAGAUGCAUCUUAUGAACGGCGAAGGUCAUAUUCUCGAGGAAAAUAUGCUCAAAUAUGUUCCGGAAAAUAUCGAAAAGGAAGAAGCAUCGAAAGUCAUCAAGAAAUGCAUCGUAGAAGUUCACGAUGAAACCAGCCACGAGAAGAAGGCUUUCAACUUUUACAAGUGUUUCGUCCAUUCUGUCGGCAAACCCGUCCAUGUUUUCAAGAAUCUCUAUAUAAGCGACAAAAUAUAUAUUAAAUGCAUAUAUUAUACUCAGCCAGUUCCAAGAAUCAAGAUGAAAACCUGCACGAUCAUCCUGCUGAUAGUUGCGAUCGCUUUCGCGGAAAAGGUAAAGUAUACUGAGGAGCAGAAGGCUAAACUUGCGGAACUAAAGAAAGUAUGCGUGGAAUCGUCUGGUGUCGCUCUGGAUGAGGUCGAGAAAGCGAAAAAAGGCGUCUUCGGUGAUGACGAAAAGUUGAAAGAGUUUUUGUUUUGCGUUGCUCAAAAGAUUGAUUUCAUGAAUAAGGAUGGACACUUCAAAGCGGAUGUGAUUACUGCAAAGAUUACAGCCAUCCACGGGGAGCAAAUUGCUAAAGAUGUUGUGGGUGUAUGCACAGCCAAGACUGAGGCUAAUGGACCAGCAACUAGUUUGGCACUUGCCAAAUGCCUUUCAGAGCAAUCCAAACAACACGUCUCUCUUGCUUAAUUUUAGUUUGUAUAUAAAAUACAAUUUAUAAUAAAAACUUAAUUUAUAACUAAA